AUGAACUCCAACCAACAAGUCCGCACGCUGCGCCCUCGGGGAGAAAGGAAGCGCUAUACUGAGACACGCUGCGCAGAUUCUGUGCUUGAAGACGAGAGCGACAGCUUCUCUUCGGACUCUGCCAGUUCCAGCAGUGGCGAGGAGAACCGGGAUGAUUCGGUAACCCAUCACAUUCGCAAGAGGAAAGCAUUGGCCGCAGAGCACAGUGGCACUCAGGUUUACAAACGUCAAAAGAUAAUUGGUGGGUCGGAGGUUGCCUCUGAGUCCAAGAAGGCCUGCCGCAGGAGAAAGCCUGCCAUGCAAAAAUUCUUUACCGCAGCUCGUGAAGAAAAAUACGAAGAACCCUCAAAUGGGGCCACAGGGCAGUUCCAGACUCAAUUGCAGAGAUGUCAGACGGAAUCUGAUGCAGGACAGCACUCUCAUAACAGCUGUGGCCUUCUCGAAUUUAUGGACUUCACCUAUUUGGAAGCGCUUCAGCUUGUGGCGUGUCGCCAGCAUGAGACUAUACUUCCCCUUGAAUCAAUCAAACCACACAUUGAUAGGCGCCAUCCUCUGGGCUUGCCUCGAAAUCUCAAGUGGCAUAAAAUUGAAGAAAUGUUAGCCCACCUCAAGGUGGCAUUUCCUUGCGCAGGAACAUCUUUUGAGAACAUCGCCCUUCCCAAAUCCCUGGCUACACCUCUUGAAGGUUUCUCCCAAGAAAGCAUCAGAUACAGGUUCAUGUGUCCAGAGGCAGGAUGCGGGAAAUGGAUAGUUCGCAAUGACAUCUAUAACGGAGGUCCCAAGGCUGAAUUCCAUCACCACCUCUCUGUUCAUCACGGCAAAAAUACCUGGCCAAAAAAUGUGGAAGGCAGCUGGGUGCAGGCAAUUCGUAUCCAUUCGGCUACAAAGUCACAGUCUGGCACAAAACACUACUUUCAUCUGGAUCGCUACCAACCCCCUCAGAGCUGGCACGUUAUACAGCCCUCCUUUCCUACCAAAUCUUUCUCUGCUCCCCCAAAUGCCACCUGGUUCAAGGAACUACAAUGGUGCAUGUUACGGGAGAAGAUCCAACAUAUCCCAUUCCAUGAGGUGAAGAAACUCAUUGCUCCCCCUUCAAGGCAACUCCUCCAGGAUCAAUCAAGAGAUUCUAAGCGACGCCUGGAAACGGCUCUGCUUUCAGUAAGGAAGCACAUUACGAAAUACGUUGAUCAUGGCCAACAGUUUAUUGGUUCAAUCCACGAAAUAUAUAGGAUUGGGUUACGUCCAACUGAAGAAACAAACCUGGCCAUCUUUCGAACAAUCAAAACGGCGAAUAUAAAGCAUUACCGAGGUCCUCUUGUGAAAGUUGUCGCUUUACUGCUCCGGCUCUAUGAAUACUCACAAUUAGGAACGCCUCAAGAAAAAAAAUUGGCCUCUCUUCUUUUGGAUGCAGAAAUUUUGCAGAGCGCCGACUUGAAACGCCUCUGGGGUAUCCUGAAUAAGACUGAAGGACGCGACCCAAAGGACUACAUCCCUCGCAGCUUACAUAAGCUGUUAGCGUCAUUGCUAUGCUAUCGAAGCCUUCCAGAGGCUAAUAUGGCCUGUCCCACAGAAAUGCUUCUCUUCCUUAAUGCUCUUACGGAGUCUGGAUAUAACACAGCUGCUUCUGUUAAAGGCGUUUGUUGUAAGCUCCAGUUCAACUUUCGCAUCAUCUUUCUCCACAUCGUCAGAUUGGAGGCAAAAAUGGUGCAGGAGUAUGAACCUUUUAAUAAGGGACCUCCUCCAGCAUCUGGUGCAGAAGAAGAACCAUCACAACCUCUACUUGAACCUGCAAACUCUGAUGGGGAUGACGAUGACUCGAGUGACGGUGACGACGAUGACUCGAGUGACGGUGACGACGAUGACUCGAGUGACGGUGACGAUGAUGAUGAAAAUGACAAGGGUGAUGAUGAUACGCAUGAGGAUGAGAUGAAUGAUGAACCUCUGGAUGUGAUUCUGAAGGCCGUGGAAAACAUCCAGGUAGAAGAUUUCAUCUCCCUACCAAAGCCAGAGGGGGAAUGCCUUGCAAAAGCUUUCAAGAAAUACCAAAAGUAUGUACUAGGGAAGUCAAAAAUGGACUACAUCACACCUUUCCAACGCAAUACGCACGUCUGGAUGAUUGUUGCUGCAGCAGCCAACAAAGAACCAGUUGGAGCACAACUAAAUGUUUCAAUGAUUGACGACUUGAUCAGCGUGUCGCAUGGCAGUGACCAAGUUAAUCCUCCGAAAACAAUUUCCAUUCGAGACUGGUCGGCAACCUCUGCCUCCGCUAUGGUUGAAUUCCAAAAUUCGGUGGAGCGUCUUCUCCCAGAUGGGGUUGAUAUUUCAAACUUUCCGUUGGAAGUUAUAUCUGAUGAUCUCAUUUCCUUGGCUCCAGUUCACAAACAAUCUGUCAACGAAGGCGCUCUUCAACCCUGGACAGACAGGGUCUACUCGGCAUUCAUGGAUCCCAGUGAAAGCCGCCACCGCCUAUUCUCUGGCCAUUGGCUAACAGCAACUGCGCUUGACCAAUGGCUGAAAUUAGAGCAAACUGAAGUCCUCACAAGUUUAGCUAAAGUUUUUUCCCUAUGCUGUGGUAUCGGGAUCCCAGAAUUCAAAUUCGGCUACAUCAUCUUCGACCCACCUCCAGGCUGCAAUCGAAACAUAUGGCUCCUCAAGAAUGGCCUUUUUGCUUUCAAUGAUCCAACAAAAUCCUAUGGUCGUUCUGACACGAUGACACGUUUUUUUGCCAUCCCUCGAGGUGUGACCAGGCAUCUUGCAGUAUUUCUGUAUGUGCUUCGGCCGUUCGGCAUUCGCCUCCUGAAGCUUCAACAGCGGCAUGUGCCUUACUAUUCAUCCAACAUCUGGGCUCUGGUUCAGCGAUCUCGAUACUUGAAUGGACAGAAUGACUGGCUGUGGUCUGGCCGACGUAUUGCAAUGCAAAUCAAGGUCAUCACGAACAAGUUCUUUGGUGUAACCUUGACACCAACACUAAUUCGAGAGAUUGUGUUCCGUUUGACUUCCCAGUAUUUGCCAUGUCUGUUGAAUGGUCAGCAUUAUUCCCCUGUUGACCAGCAGGCGCAGCAUUCAAUGCACACAUCAUUGUGCCACUAUGGAUGGGUCUCCCAUUUCCCUCCCAUUGAGCAACUACGGCUAAACCACCCAGCCAGACAGCUUGCUGUCAGUGAGAUCUGGCAAGCAAUUCUACGCUUGGGACCCAUGAAUGAUGGAUGGAGUGGAGCUGUCACUACUUCUCAACUCACAAAGGGACUUUUCCGUCGAAUGGAAGCCAUUCAAAUUGCACGUUGUCUCAUUUUUGACAAAUAUGGAGUUCGGUCCUCUGCAAGCGCACUCAAGGUUUUGGGGGAUCUACCCUUUGUGGUCUGCGAUACUGAUCACUUCGGAGACACUGCUCUGGUGCAAGUGACCCGGGCACUAAUCACGUCCAUCCAGAAGAUCCAUGAUGGAUCCGUCGCUGAGCCCAAUGUCAGUGAUGUUGCAGAAGCAGCUGCUCUUAUAACUCAAGAGCUUCAACAAUUUGCCUCCAAUGAGCCGCUCACUAUAGGCAUGGGUACGAGCAAUGCCCUGCUUGAAUAUACAAGCCUCUACACAGUCUUGUUGAAAUACUUCGCCAAAAACUCACUCUCAAACGAAAACGCAUGGAUCAAAUUCCAAUCAGAUGUCACCCAAAAUCUCCAGUGA